UCAUGGCGCGGCACAAUUGAAGCUAUCGAGGCGGUGGUGAGCAUAGCCACAGUCUGUUCUCUGGUUUGCGUUUGAGUUCCACCACUUUCCACUUGAUGGCGGCAGAAGACCCAGGAACCCCUGAGAAUUCCCCCCUUUCGUCACUGGAAAAAGGUGUGGACGAUGAGGAGCUCCGGGCUCUUCUAAUCCCUGACUUCAACGAUCUUCCCCCAGUUCCGCGUUCGGCUGUUGAAUCCAACUUCGUCCGCUACUAUGCCGUCGACUUUCUCAAGCCCGCACAUGAUCAAUAUAUCUAUCGUCAUGCCAACGGGUUAUGCGUGAUUGGUCUUGCUCCUACUCACGUCGCCCUUAAUGUGAAAGGAGGAGUUGAAUCCGUUGAUUUCAAAUUGGGGAAGUCUAACCGAAGUGAGAUUAAGGUUACUGGAAAGAGAAAACGGAAUGCACAACAUCUUCAACCAGAUUCUGCACUUUGUAAUGUAUGUGCCAAUGGGGCUUACUACACAGUCAGGUGCUGCGUUAAAGGUUCUCUGUUGGAGGUUAAUGAUCGGUUGAUCAGGCAUGCCGAGCUUCUCAACUUAGCA